UUGCGCCAAGGACAUCUCAAGGCCGCUGGAGAUGGCUGUGUUAGAAUGUACUGUAUGGUAAUACGCUACUCACAUUUUAGGAUCAUAUUUACUGGUAAUAUAUAAUCAUGAGUGUACACGAUGCGCAAUCUCACAUGCGCCCUAUCUCGCCAAGGAAUCCUGAAGCGUCUCCGGCAGAUAACGAGGGCAUGUCUAUGAACUGGACAGAAGAUGCGUCUCGGGACAGUUUAGCAGGUUUAGGGCUUAAUAUGACGCAUAGGGGCACUGACCUAGAGCUUCCUUCGCUGAAUUCGUAUGUAUCCAGCACAAAUGGGCGAGGGAGUGGCUUGUUUGGGCCGGAAUUAACACAACAGGCCAACGAUUUUAAGCUUAGUAAGGGACUUCACAGUGGCAGUCAUGAUAGUUUAGGCUCUUACAAUGGUAUUUGGGGCGAAAAGAGUAAUCAGCCGAUGAUGAGGACCAACAGCAGUUCAGCUAUGCUCGGUUCUCUCAGAGUUCAAAGUAACGACAUUAUUAUGGGUGGCGUAGGUGCAGGCAUGGAUUUAGACUUGGGCAUGAGAAUGGGUGUAGGCAUGGGCAUGGGUAUGGGCAUGGGUAUGGGCAUGGGUAUGAAUAUUAGUGAUCUGGGUCUGGGCCUGGGCUCAGGCACAGAUUUAAACUCGAAUCUGAACUCGGACAUGGACACAGGCAUGGGCACGAAAACAAACUCCUGCGAUGAUAUAAGUAGACAAUCACGAAGUGCUAGUAUUGGCCUUAGCCCUUACUCACCAGACGCCAUGAGAAUGGCGAAUUUGAGCCUUGGCCUUGAUUCACUGGGCAUGAAUGUAGAUAUGUGCGACUCUUUGCUGGGCGGAGAGUUGGGGGCGAUGCUGACCGAGAAUACUGAGGUAUGGGAAUGUACCUAUUCACCUUGA